UUGGUUUGAUUCUUAAAGAUUAAAAUUAAUCCCCAUGUGUUAAACCCGACCGCGGAGAGUAUAAACAAACAUUGUACUCUCCGCAAAGUGGCAAGCACUGGCUCAGAGAAAAUUCCGGGCGAUGAGUAUAAUCUGCCGAAACGAGCAAGGCUGGGUGGUUUGCCAUUCUAAAGCUGUCCAAGAUGUAUAUAGACGUUGUAGAGAAGAACCACCCGGUUCUAGUACCCGGUCUUACAGAUGGAAAACAGAUAUGUUUAAGAUUCAUUCACCGUUUCUUAUGGAUACACAAUUCCUCAAAUUACGAUCCGAUCCAGGUGAAUAUCGACCGCAGAUUAAGAAGAGAAAACGCAGAAUUUCUGACUUGAAUGUAGGAGAAAUUCAGGCGAAAGAAUACCAUGAGAAAGUGAAAACGAUUAUCACAGGUGCUCAUCAGACCCUGGUGGAACUGGCCAAGAAACAAGGUUACUUUGUGGAUUUGAACUCCCCUCCUGUGGAUAACAACAUUGCAGCACGCCAAGCUUCCAGGCUGGAAGGUCCAGCUGAUACACUGAUACAAAGCUCUGAAGAUAAAGAUAUCAGGUCGCAGUUAGCAUUGGAUGAAUUAUACAAAAUAUCACACACCAAUGAACUUUGUGUGACACAUGAAAAUCCAUCAUUUCUCAAAGUACAAUAUAAUGGAGAAAUUCCUCAGAUUGUGACAAUUGCUAACCAUAAAUAUCUGCUUCCAUCCAAGAGCACAUUCCUGCUGUCCAAUUUGGACACUUUUAAAGAAAUAUACCCACAUGCAGGUGGUCCGUUUGAUGUGAUUCUGAUUGAUCCUCCAUGGCAAAACAAAUCGGUGAAGAGACUGAAAUCAUAUUGGUGUGAAUCAGAUACAAGCCUGGAGAACCUUGAUGUCCCACAGUUAGCUGCACCAAACUGUUUGGUUGUUGUGUGGGUCACCAAUCGACGCAAACAUCAAGAAUUUGUCCUUGAAACUCUCUUCAAGAAGUGGAAUGUCCAAGACUGGGUGACCUGGUUCUGGUUAAAGGUAACCAGGAGUGGAGAACCUGUCAACGAUAUGGGUUCCUCACACAAGAAACCUUAUGAAGUUUUAAUUCUUGGGCGGCACAAGAAGGGUGACCCUGCUGGACUAAACGAUGUUCGUUGUUCACCCGACGGUCCCAAGUCUCUUCCUGAGUCUCGUGUCAUCCUUACCAUUCCAUGUAGCCUUCAUUCUAAGAAACCACCAUUAACAGAGAUUUUGGCUGAAUUUCUUCCAGACAAUCCAAGAUGUUUAGAAUUAUUUGCAAGGAACCUCUGGCCUGGAUGGACAAGCUGGGGAAACGAGGUUUUUAAGCACCAACAUUUGGAUUACUUUGAAGAUGUUGAAGACCCGGAAAGCACUGGAUCUGACAAGGAUCAAGGAGAUGAAGGAUGAAUUAGAACUAUGAAUGCUGGGUCUAGCAGGGACCUAGGAGUUUUAAGGGUUGAAGAAUAUGAGAGAAGUGUUGAGUUUGCACCUCCCUCCACCACACACACAGAUAGGGGUUGUAGGAGCCUAACAUAAAUUGAA